AUGGGAGCAUAUUUAACUGUACCAAAAAGAGAAAAAUUGUCUGAAGAUGGAGAGAAUUCUAAGUUAAGAUACGGAGCAACUAGCAUGCAAGGUUGGAGAACAACAAUGGAGGAUUCCCAUAUUGCAAUCUUAGAUCUUGGAAAUGGCGUCUCAUUCUUUGGAGUCUAUGAUGGACAUGGGGGUAACAUAUACUUUUUUACUAUAUAUUUUUCAGGAAAUGAAGUAGCAGACUUUGUUAGAGAUCACUUAGUAGAGGAGCUCAAAAAGUUAACAAGCUUUAAGCAAGGUGACUAUGAGUAGUGCUUAAAAGAUAUUUAUUUGAAGAUUGACGAAAUGAUUUAAACUCCUGCAGGAAAAUCUAAAUUAUAUACUUAUUAGAAAAAUGCUGAUAAAACAGCUGGUCUAUUUGGAAGUCAAAGUGAUGAUAUUGGACAUGCAGCUGGGUGUACAGCAUGCUCUGCCAUAAUUACUCCUACAGAGAUUAUUAUUGGAAAUGCAGGUGAUUCAAGAAGUGUCUUAGCUGUAAAAAAAGGUGAUAAAAAUUUAGCAAUUGAUAUGAGUGUUGAUCAUAAGCCAGAUUUACCAGAAGAGAAGUUAAGAAUAGAAAAAGCAGGUGGAUUUGUUGAAGAUAAUCGAGUUAAAGGAGUGCUGAACUUAUCAAGAUCACUAGGUGAUUUAGAAUAUAAAUCAGAUCCAUCAUUAGCCUUAAAAGAUUAAAUGAUAACAGCAAUGCCAGAAAUUAGGAAGCAAAAAAUUGUCCAAAAUGAAACAAAUUUUUUGAUAAUUGCUUGCGAUGGUAUAUGGGAUUGUCUGUCUUCUUAAGGAGCAGUUGACUCUAUAGCUUAAUUGAUAUAAAAGAAAGCAAAAUUAUCCAGUGUGGUUGAAGACAUAUUUGAUAGUAUCAUUGCAACUGAUGUUGCAAGUUCAGGAGGAAUAGGCUGCGACAACAUGACUUGCGUCAUUAUUCAGUUUAAAUAUUGA